GAAAAUAUUCUCCUCGCUCAUUUGAUGGGAGAGGACUACUCAAACUUUGGUAUGUCCAGGCAUAAACUGGACAGGCAUAGAUUUACCAGCCAAAUUUCUAGCUCUGUGAAAAAGGAAAUGUGGGGAAAUGUUGAGACCGCCUUCAAUUCCAACAGUACGGGUACUCAAAGAAAAGGCAGUGACCUAGAAAAGAAAUGGGAGAAUCUUACAUCUACCCAAAGAGGAAUUUACCAAGAUCAUCAGCUCAUGCUGACAUUGACUGGAAGGCCUCCCUUCAACUCCAAAUGUACCAUCCUCACCGAGGCGGUAAUGAACGUUAUCGGGAAAGAGGGAGUGGAUGUUAUGGGCAUUGGGCCCAGCAGCCUAGACACAUCUAUGCUGCAAUUGACUCAUAUGCGUGAUGAUGAUCAGCAAGAUACUGAAAACAACAUGACCACGUGCACCUCAAGGAUGAUCUUGUAAGGCACCUAUGUCCAAAGGAUCCAUUGGCAGAUUUCGCAUGUUGCAUAUAUUAUGCAGAACAGCGCAUGACAAAAUCACCCUGUUAAUAUAAAUUACAAUUAAGUGACACAAGCUGCAUUAAAAUGUCAGAAGAACAUGGAAUAUAUAAAACAUUAAAUUAUAACAUAAAUAAUACUUGAUAAAUAUGUAUUUUUAAUGCAAGUUAGUUACAUUAAUUCAAAUGCUGUUAAGAGUUUUGUUUUCUUUUCAAGGUCAGCACAGGGGCAAGA